AUGGACGCGGUGGUGAUCAGCCUUCCGCCGGAUGUGGGGAGGAUGUUGAUGCAAAAUAUAUGGAUUUUGCAGAUGGUGUCCAUGUUGGCGAUCGGGGCGUAUAAUGCUCUGGAGACGGCCAUUGUCGUCUUCGAUACAUUUGUGCGAUAUCGUGGACUUUACUUCUGGAGCAUCCAGACUGCCUCAUGGGGCAUUCUCCUGCAUGUUCUUUCAGCAAUGGUCCGCUUUCUCCCCACGGGUCCGAGUCUCCCUGCAUCGAUAAUCUUUAUCAUCGGCUGGUAUGCGAUGGUCACUGGCCAAGCUCUUGUGCUCUACUCACGUCUUCACCUCGUCGUCCCCGACAUUGCAAAACUUCGCUGGGUUCUGUACAUGAUCAUCGUGAAUGCUUUCAUGCUGCAUGUCCCAAUGACAGUCUUAUUCUUUGGUCUCUACGCAAACACUGCAACCUUUGCCCGGCCUAUCGCAAUCUUUGACCGAAUCCAGUUGACAUGCUUCUGCAUUCAAGAUUUUAUCAUCUGUGCUAUCUAUAUCCGUGAAGCAGUCUGCGCUUUAGGACCCGUCCUCGAGGUCCGUGGCAAAGAAGGACGGAGAGUCAUCGUCCAUUUGAUCUGGGUCAACUUGCUAGUGCUCAUUCUGAACGGGCUUCUCUUAAUAGCUGAAUUCAAAAUGCACUAUGUGGAAGUCGGGCUCAAAGUCGCCGUAUACAGCAUCAAAUUGAAGCUUGAAUUCUCGGUGCUUAAUCGCCUCCGUUCCUUGACCCGCGCGCCGCCCUGCGUCUGCCGACAACCUCACCCCGAGCCCGACCAAUCUGUUCAAAGUCGCCGGUCCAGCGAGCUUGGUCUCUACGAUCUGAUCGCCUUGCGAACACCAUGGCCACGAGCAAAUAUUGAGGAGCCCUCUAGCUUUGCUCUUGUAGGAGGGGAACGAUCAUCGUCGCUACGCUCGCAAGCCGCAUUGAAUUCAACCAGUACGCAGGAUUUCCACGAGGCUUUGCGUGAGACCUCUGUCAAUAGCCACACAAUCACUCCCGUUGAAACCUGUGUGAUUUCCGACUCGGCGCGCUCCCCCGAGACUGGCCUCCGCACACGAUUCGGAUGA